AUGGAGCUGGCAAAUGCAACGACUACUUCUCCAACAUACACAAUACUCCGGAUCAAACGAAAGCGGAAUGAAGAGCCUCUUGAUGCACUAGUCGUCGAGUCCCGCGUCCGCAGAAAGAAGUCCAAGGGCGGUAUCGGAGUAUUUCAGUACGCACAGACGGUGGAGGUCGAUGAUUGGGAGGAUGAACACUGCCAGAAGGACAUACAGGAUCAAAUAUCCAAACUCGCCCGCGAAUCGCGAGAAGCAAAGACUCUCGAUGUGCCUUCCUUAUCUGAUGUUCCACCCCCUGCUGUUCCGCGCCAGCCACAGGAAGAACAUUCUCGUCGAUAUACCAUCGUAGAGCACGAGGAACCUGAAGUUCCAACCCGCCGAUUUCCAACCAGCCCGCCCAAAGUCGUCUCCGCGAAAGAUCUACCUGCGAAAUCGAAGCGUCAUGACUUUAAGAUGUACGACGCGAUUCCCUCUGCAAAAAAGGCGAGCAAGAGGUCGGAGAUCGACUCAGAAAUGGAAAAGUUCCUCCCUAUGUUGAAUGAUUACCUGAAAAUUCAUGACAUGGAUCCAAGUCCCGUUACAAACACCUCGAUGGCAGCCCCAGAAUCUUUAUCCUCGGAAGGAGAUUAUGUUUGGGACGUUUUCUACCACCGACCAGCAACUCUGAGUGAAUGGAACGAAGUUGCAAAUGUUGGAACCUUGACCGGUCUUCCACCUUCGUUUGGUGAUACUUACGACUCCGCUUCGGAUUCAGAAGAGGAGGAUGAAGCCGACGAGGACUCUAACGCGGAGGAGUAUUACAAGAACGAUUAUCCGGAUGAAGAAGACGGUGAUUCUCAAGACAGCCCCGAUGAUAGUGACGAAUGGCAUGAAGAUUCCGAUCACGACGAUAUGAGGCGUUACAACGCGGAUGGCGAGGACAUGUACUGA